UUAGCCAAGACAAGAGUACGUGAAGAAGUCAUGACUUGUAGGUUACGUUCUUAGAAUGUUGUAAAGAUAAGGUGCGAAACUGUCAAAACUAAAUAGGGCCGUAAUAAAGAUUUGUUUAUCGUAUUUAAUAUAAAAAACAAUUGGACUCAUAAAAAAUGGAUUGGAAAAGGAAGGCCGGUUCUCAUGGAAAGAAAAAUACAAAUAACCCUAAAAAGUUUAGGUCCAAUGUGGAUGAUGAUGAGGAUAUACCAGCUUCGUUCGAGGAAGAACUGGCCAUCAUGGACCAGAUGGAGAUGGAAGCAAAUGAAACUGAGUCACAGGAAUCAUCUGAACAGGGUCCAGACACUCAGCAGACGAGUGCAAAGUGGAGUCGUCCACCCCCUCCCCACCUCAACCCUGCUUCAGACAAGCUCAUCUUUCAGCAGAUAGACAUUGACCACUACACAGGAACCCCAUUAGCGGGAAUGCCUGGUUCCCAAGUGGCUCCAGUCCCGGUAAUGAGAAUGUAUGGAGUAACAGCGGAUGGGAAUUCUGUCUGCUGUCAUGUCCAUGGUUUCACGCCUUACUUCUUCGUCUCUGCCCCAGAAGACUUUACGGAGACUCAUUGCAGGCCAUUUAAGGCAGCACUGAACAAAGCAGUGAUGGCAGACAUGAGAGGGAACCGAGACAACAUCCAGGAGGCGGUGUUGGAAGUGGAACUGGUCCGCAAAAUCAACCUAUUUGGUUACAAUGGCAAUGAUCCCUCACCAUUCCUCAAAGUCACUGUUGCCCUCCCACGUCUUAUCGCUCCCUCCAAGCGGCUCUUAGAGAAGGAAAAUGUCUACCCUACAUUCCAGAACCACAGAUAUAGGGCAUUUGAGUCAAAUGUUGACUUUGAUAUCAGGUUCAUGGUGGACAACCACAUGACAGGGUGCUGCUGGGUUGAGUUGCCUCCUGGACAGUGGAAACUGCGAGGAUGUCACCCCCACUCCAAUCUGACACUUCCUACUGUGUCUCGGUGUCAGCUGGAGGUGGAUGUGUCAUUCAAGGAGAUCAUCGCUCACCAACCUGAAGGGGAGUGGGGGAAAGUUGCGCCCUUCCGUAUUCUCAGCUUUGACAUAGAAUGUGCCGGCCGGAAAGGUAUUUUCCCGGAACCAAACCAUGACCCAGUGAUACAGAUAGCCAACAUGGUGAUAAGACAAGGAGAGUCUGAACCUUUUGUCAGAAAUGUAUUCACCUUGGACACUUGUGCUGCUAUUGUCGGCUGUCAAGUACUAAGCCACGACAAAGAGGUUGACAUGUUGGAGAAAUGGGCAGAAUUUGUGCGUGAAGUGGACCCAGAUUUGUUCACUGGUUACAACAUCAAUAACUUUGACUUUCCAUACCUGAUCAACAGAGCAAACCAUCUCAAGGCCAAGAACUUUACUUUUCUGGGAAGAAUAAAAAACAUCAGGUCUGUGAUUAAAGAGCAAGUUCUUCAAAGUAAACAGAUGGGGCGUCGUGAGAACAAGCACGUCAACUUUGAGGGCAGAGUCCCUUUCGAUUUGCUUCUGUGUUUGCUACGGGACUACAAGCUGCGCUCAUACACUCUCAAUGCUGUAAGUUACCAUUUCCUGCAGGAACAGAAGGAAGAUGUUCAUCAUAACAUCAUAUCAGAUUUGCAGAAUGGCACUCCACAAACUCGCAGAAGGCUGGCAGUGUACUGCCUGAAAGAUGCAUACCUGCCCUUGAGGCUGCUAGAGAAACUCAUGUGCAUCAUCAACUAUAUGGAAAUGUCCAGAGUCACUGGAGUGUCCCUGUCCAGUCUGCUCACCAGAGGGCAGCAGAUCAAAGUCGUCUCACAGCUGUUGCGUUCGGCCAAGGAGAAGGGGUUUGUGAUGCCAGCGUAUCAAGGGGGAGUCCAGGAGGAGCAGUUUGAGGGAGCUACUGUUAUAGAGCCAAAGAAAGGCUACUACGCAGACCCAGUGGCUACUCUUGAUUUUAGCUCUCUGUAUCCGAGCAUCAUGAUGGCGCACAACUUGUGCUAUACAACUCUCCUUCAAGGCAACGCCAGGGAAAAAUACGGAUUAACCCCGGACCAGUAUUCCAAGACUCCAGCAAACAACUUCUUUGUUAAGAGUUCAGUGAGAAAAGGAAUUCUACCGGAGAUUCUUGAAAAUCUGCUGAGUGCCCGAAAAAAAGCUAAGCUAGAUCUGAAGAACGAAACAGAUGAAUUCAAGAAGAAGGUGUUGGAUGGACGGCAGUUGGCUUUAAAAAUCAGUGCCAACUCUGUUUAUGGUUUUACUGGGGCUCAAGUGGGAAAGCUGCCCUGUCUUGAAAUUUCUGGUAGUGUCACCGCUUAUGGACGAACCAUGAUAGAGCAAACUAAGCAGGAGGUGGAAGACAAAUACUGCAUCAGAAAUGGCUAUGACCAUGACGCUGUUGUAAUCUACGGUGACACUGACUCUGUGAUGGUCAAGUUCGGAGUGAGCAGUCUGGAGGAGGCAAUGAAGUUGGGACAGGAGGCAGCUGACUAUGUGUCCUCCAAGUUCAUCAAACCCAUCAAACUUGAAUUUGAAAAGGUGUACUUCCCGUACCUGUUGAUAAACAAGAAACGCUACGCCGGACUCUACUUCACCAAGACGGACACAUACGACAAGAUGGACUGCAAGGGGCUGGAGACUGUGCGGCGUGAUAACUCACCUCUUGUCUCCAACAUGAUCAACAUGUGUUUGCAGAAAUUGCUCAUUGAGAGGAAUCCAGAUGGAGCUGUGGCAUAUGCCAAGCAAGUGAUCAGCGACUUGCUAUGCAACCGUAUCGAUAUCUCGCAGCUGGUGAUCACCAAGGAGCUGACUAAGCAAGACAAGGACUAUACAGCCAAGCAGGCUCAUGUAGAGUUGGCACAUAAAAUGAGGAAGAGAGACCCUGGCAAUGCACCCAAGCUAGGGGACAGAGUACCCUACGUCAUCAUAGCUGCUAGCAAGGGCACACCUGCAUACCAGAAAGCCGAGGACCCCAUAUAUGUAUUGGAUAACAACAUCCCCAUAGACUCCACAUACUACUUGGAGAACCAACUGUCCAAGCCUCUCCUCAGGAUAUUCUCACCCAUCCUUGGUGACAAGGCAGAGUCCAUUCUACUUCGGGGAGACCACACGAGAACAAAAGCAGUGGUUACCUCAAAAGUGGGAGCUCUUGCUGCCUUCACUACCAAGAAACAGACGUGUCUAGGGUGCAAGGCAGUGUUGCCAACCCAACAGGAGAACCAGCCGUUGUGUCAGCACUGUCUACCUAACCAGGCCAAGCUCUAUAUGCAGGAGCUAAAUAAGUUGCAGGAGAUGGAGACCAGGUUUUGUCGUUUGUGGACUGAGUGUCAGAGAUGUCAAGGCAGUCUUCAUGAGGAGGUCCUCUGCUCCAGUCGAGAUUGCCCCAUCUUCUACAUGCGCAAGAAGGUGCAGAUGGAUUUGACGACUCAAGACAAAGCCAUUCAGAGAUUUGGCAACCCUACUUGGUGAUUGUACCUGUAUUGUAAUAUUUGUUAUGUACCACUUUUAAUUCGUAUUAAAUACAAUUUAAAUUUUUAA